AUGGGUUUAAUUACUGUGAUCAUAAUUGUAGAAUAGAAAAAUGUGAGCAUGGAGAGAAGAUAGAGAAAUGCAAACAUAAAUGUCAGAAAUGUAAGCAUAAAAAAGAACCAAGUAAUUGCAAUGAAUGCAAAGAAAAUAAAGAAUGUGAACACGCAAAAAUUUAUACCAUAUCUCAAAAGGAUUAUGAUUUUGCACAUAUG